AUGACACCGACACAUGACAAUGACUCAACACCGUCCCAACACUUGCCACCUGACAAGGCUUUGCAACUUAAUUGCCACUGUAGUGCAACACCUCGAGAGGUCACACAAGGUGUGGGUCCAGCACCAGAGGUCACACAAGGUGUGGGUCUAGCACCAGAGGUCACACAAGGUGUGGGUCCAGCACCAGAGGUCACACAAGGUGUGGGUCCAGCACAAGAGGUCACACAAGGUGUGGGUCCAGCACAAGAGGUCACACAAGGUGUGGGUCCAGCACCAGAGGUCACACAAGGUGUGGGUCCAGCACCAGAGGUCACACAAGCACCAGAGGUCACACAAGGUGUGGGUCCAGCACCAGAGGUCACACAAGGUGUGGGUCCAGCACCAGAGGUCACACAAGGUGUGGGUCCAGCACCAGAGGUCACACAAGGUGUGGGUCCAGCACAAGAGGUAUCACACAAGGUGUGGGACCAGCACCAGAGGUCACACAAGGUGUGGGUCCAGCACAAGAGGUAUCACACAAGGUGUGGGUCCAGCACAAGAGGUAUCACACAAGGUGUGGGUCCAGCACCAGAGGUCACACAAGGUGUGGGUCCAGCACAAGAGGUCACACAAGGUGUGGGUCCAGCACCAGAGGUCACACAAGGUGUGGGUCCAGCACAAGAGGUCACACAAGGUGUGGGUCCAGCACCAGAGGUCACACAAGGUGUGGGUCCAGCACCAGAGGUCACACAAGGUGUAAGACAGUAG